AUGGCUCGUCACCAAGCACAACCGAAGCCCCAGAGCAUCAUUCACCACCUGAGUCGUCUUGGAUCAAGAGUUGUCAGGCCAUUAUCAUCGUCUCAUAAGAGAAGGCCAACCAAACUGUUGGACGCUGAUGGAAGCGUGGAGAGCUACACAGAUACCUCCGUUCCUUCCUCUCUUAGAUCGAUAAAAUCUCUGCCUGCGCUAACUCUAAAGGACGAUAGUACAAGCUUGAAAGGUUCUUCUUUGUCACUGAGUGUUGGUGAUACAGUCGGGACGGCAAGCUCCAAAGAUUCUUUGCCACUGGGACUGGACAUGGAAAGCAUCACCGACUCCGAUGCCGGGGAUGAAGUAGUACAUGGCAGUCUAUCCGACUGGGUAGCUGGUGAAGACCAAAACGAAACGUUUGAGACCAUGGAUCAGAACGAAUUCCUCUUCGAAUGCUUCAUUUCCAAUAAACAAAGCGACAUUAUCUUCUUUGUUCAUUUCUUCAAUGAUGAUUCCACAAUAUCCGACGAAAUAGAGAAGACCAUAUCCGGCAUCGUGAUGGGCGAGAAGGUCAACUGCCAUCUAAUACGAGUAAAUGCACGCAUGGCACCCUUAUUUACUAUGAAACUUGGAAUUGAUCCAGAGCAACCAACCAUUGUAGCAAUUCGAAACGGAAGCGUGAUUGACAGAGUCUCAGACUUCUCCUCGGGCGUGCGAGACGAAGUGGAACAUUGGAUAGAAGCGAAUGAUUUUUUGAAUCAUUCGGAGCUUCUGUUCUCCUUGUCGCACCUAUCUACAGAAUAG